AUGGCUUCUUUUGAUGAUUUUUUCGGUGAUAAAGAUCCCAUUCCUAAUAAAAAUUCUGCAAAAAAUAAUGUAAAAGAUGGUAAUUUAACUAGCUCCAACUCUUUUGAAAAAAAUCACCUAAAUGCCUCCUCUGAAAGUAAACAAAAUCCAGGAGAAUCAUUGAAUUUAUCUCAAGUUAAUCAGAAAGCUUCUUCGACUAAACCAGAGAAUGAAUCGUCUAAUCCUUACGAAGUUUGGCAAAAAAAAUUUACCGAAAGAAUCGAAACACUAAAAUUAAAAGAAGCUGAAGAAAUCGAAAACAGAACUAAAUUAGCAGCAGCAGAACUUGAACAAUGGCAUAAAAAUCGCAAAUUACAAAUAGAUGAGAAGCUUAAAACCCUUUUAGAGCAAGAACCCUCAGAGAAUUCAUCCAAUCGCACAGAAUUUGACUGGAUUACAGCUUCAAAAUAUUUAGAAUCAAGUGAAUUUUUUCAAAAAGAUCAAUCGAGUGGACAAAAUCAAAAACUUAUAGAACUAAUUAUGAAAAAGAAACAUAUUCUCGAAAAAUCGCGAAAUUCCACAAAAUAA